AUGUGAGGUUCGCUUUGAACUCUGUGGAUAAUAAAAGAUACAAUAUGCGAAGACCAGCCUUAGUUGUUUGAAUCCCUCUGUUGUUUUUGUCCCAUUGCAAAAAGAAACAUACUCUGGAGAAUUUCCCUUAUCCACUGAAAAAAGUAGACUUGGACAUAACUUCAACAUGACGAAAUCCAGUCCAUUGUUCGGAGGGAUGCAUUUGUUCUGUAUAAUCGCUUUGUAUCAUCAACUGGUUUGUAAAACGAUACGAUCUUAAUGCAAUGACCGGAUUAAUAUGACAUUAGCACGUCAUCUGAUCCCACCUCAACCUCUUGGUCCAAACGAACGUUCAGUGCGUCGGAAGCAAUGGCGUGGCGUACAACCAUUUCCACCGUUCCGUUGACGGUUCUGCUGAUCAUCUGCAUCAGCUUCCCGUUCCGUUCCGAUGGUGCCCAAAAGGUCACGCUGCAGCUGGAACGCUUCGAGCAGAUCGGCGGCGCCCACUUUGUCGACUCGUCCCAGCUCCGCGUCCGGAAGUUCAACCGGACGGCGUUCGUGCUGAACGGAACGUUCGCACUGCUGACCGACAUUGACGGCUCGUACGAGGGAGCGGUCAAGGUCGCGUACAGCACCCUCGGGAACAACCAGUUCAACGAGUACCCGAUGAAGCUGGCGCGGAAGCGCUUCUGCGACAUGCUCGUGACCGAGUACGUCGAGUAUCAGUUCAUCUGGAAGAACUGCACCAACAUGCCGUACAUCGAGCAGGAAACGCGCGAGUUCUGUCCGUUUCCGAAGGGCGUCUACUGGGUGAGGGAUCUGAUUCCGGACGCUUCGUUUGUGCCGCGGGUCGUGCCGACCGGACUGUGGCGCAUGACCUGGAUGCUUCUGCUUCCCGGGGAGCAGGUGGCGGCGCAGUUUGCGUUCUACUUCCGGAUUACGAAGGAGUUCUGACGGUGUUAUGUUUAUUGUUUCAAUAAACAACUAAUUCACUGUUUUUGUUGGAAGUCUUGAUUAUUCCAAAUUCUCGCAUAAAUUUAAAAAGGUUCUACACGGAAAGCAGUUCCAUCUUAAAUUUAACAAUUCAAAUUAGCUGGCUUCAAAUGGGUGAAACAGUGAUUUCUUUGGUUGAUUCAGCUAAAAUUACAGGUAAAUUUACCAACCCUGAUUGCUGAUUUGCUAUCCAAAACUGAC